UCCACGCCACCCUCGCACCGCACCGGGCAAGGCACAGCCGUGACAACCAACUGCCAACCAAUUCCCAGCCUGCCUCUGUCCCUCUCUUCCCUCUCCACCGCUCGGCUCGCGCGCGGCGGGCGGCGUGGCUCCGCGGGCGGGAAGCGCCGGUUUGGGGACGUCGGCGGCGGCGGGGGACCUCGCCGGCGACGAGCUGGUUUGGGUAUGAGAGGGUUUAUUCAUGCGGCGCAGACCACAAGCGUCCCCUGCGGCUUCAUGGACGGCCUCCUCAUCUUCGUCUUCUACCUCUCGCUUCCUAUACGUGGCGGUCGGGACCAAGCGUUAAUCGCCACCGCCUCUAAUUGUUAGCCGCCGCCGGCCCGAUUGGUCUCCGAUUCGAGCCUCCCCGUCGUCGACGCCGUCCGGCGCAACUCGGAUCGGGUCAGGUUCAUCUCGUUGCUUCAGAGGAUGGACCAACCGCCUAAUGGGUUCGCCGCCGGAGGUCUGUUUCUUCAGCACAUUGAUGGGAAAAACUCUUCUCCCCCUUCUGUAAUUGUCAUUGGGGGAGGGAUUUCAGGCAUUGCAGCUGCUCGUGCUUUGUCUAAUGCUUCAUUUAAGACAACUACAGGUCACGCUCUUCGAGUCGAGGGACCGACUUGGUGGACGUGUGCACACUGACUAUUCUUUUGGUUGCCCGAUUGACAUGGGAGCAUCUUGGUUGCAUGGUGUAUGCAAUGAGAAUUCUUUGGCGCCAUUGAUUAGGAUGCUUGGGCUUAGAUUAUAUCGCACGAGUGGUGAUAACUCUGUGCUGUAUGACCAUGAUUUAGAGAGUUAUGCUCUAUUUGAUAAGAAUGGUCGACAAGUUCCCCAGGAGAUAGUUACCAAAGUUGGGGAAACAUUUGAGAAAAUUCUCAAGGAGACGGUUAAAGUAAGAGAUGAAAAUACAAAUGACAUGCCUCUUAUUCAAGCCUUGUCAAUUGUGCUUGACAGGAAUCCACAUCUGAAGCUGGAGGGCUUGCAAUAUGAAGUGCUGCAGUGGUGCAUAUGUAGACUGGAGGCAUGGUUUGCUACAGACACGGACAAUAUAUCUCUGAAAAAUUGGGAUCAGGAACAUGUUCUUACUGGUGGACAUGGUCUUAUGGUUCAUGGCUAUGAUCCUGUCAUCAAAGCUCUUGCUCGAGAUCUUGAUAUUCACCUCAACCACAGGGUCACAAAAAUCAUCCAGCGUUAUAAUAAGGUUAUUGUGUGUGUGGAAGAUGGGUCAAGUUUUGUCGCAGAUGCUGCUAUAAUAACUGUCCCUCUGGGAGUGCUUAAGGCAAAUAUCAUCAAAUUCGAACCUGAGCUACCAGAAUGGAAACUUUCAGCAAUAUCUGAUCUUGGUGUUGGCAUCGAGAACAAAAUAGCUCUCAAGUUCAACACUAUAUUUUGGCCCAAUGUAGAAGUACUAGGUAGGGUUGCCCCAACAUCAAAUGCCUGCGGUUACUUUCUCAACCUUCACAAAGCCACAGGAAAUCCAGUCCUCGUAUGCAUGGUGGCUGGAAGAUUUGCAUAUGAAAUUGAGAAGCUAUCGGAUGAAGAAUCAGUGAACUUUGUCAUGUCUCAGCUCAGGAAAAUGCUACCAGAGGCAACUGAACCGGUACAGUAUUUGGUUUCCCGGUGGGGCAGUGACCCAAAUUCACUUGGUUCCUAUUCUUGCGACCUAGUAGGGAAACCAGCUGACUUGUAUGAAAGAUUCUGUGCUCCAGUGGGCAACCUGUUUUUCGCUGGGGAGGCCGCCUGCAUCGAUCACUCUGGGUCGGUGCAUGGAGCUUAUUCGUCGGGCAUUGCUGCUGCAGAGGACUGCCGAAGGCGUCUCUCGACGCAGCUAGGUAUCUCCGACCUGUUCCAGAUUGGGAAGAUUGUUAUGAGGGAGGAGAUGACUGAAGUCAUGAUUCCCUUCCAGAUAUCCAGGCUGUAAGAGAAGAUCAAGGUUUAUUUAAGCACCGUGUUAUCCUGAAGCAGAGAAGGUUGCCAGGUUGUAGCUGCUUUUUUACCUUCAUGGUACAAUUGUCAUGGGGAAUUCGGGGUUUCUUUCUUUCUUCUUUGUGUCGCAUGUGAGCUGAGCUCUGUGGGUUGUAUUGCAGCGUAUGUAAGGUUUUCGGGUCUAGUUUCUUUUAUAAACUAAGUCACACUUUUUUUAAUGCAAUGACGCGUGGCUCUCCUGUGUAUUCGAGAAAAAAAUUUAUGUAUGUUGCUGUUGUUGGCCCAUGAGUCUGUUCGGGGCAGUUGUUGAUGUUUUUGUUUUGGGAA